UUACAUAUAUAUUAUAUCAUAUGGAUAUAAUUAAGGGCAUUCAUUUUUUUUACGAACAUUGAUGUUUAAUCACAAACACGGAGCGCUCUUGAACGCGACUCCACAGCGGCUGUUUACAUCAAGAUGGUGACUGUGGUGGAGCUGCUCAGUCUCCUGUUGGUGUCGGUGCUGUGGGGCUGCACCAACCCCUUCCUGAAGAGAGGCUCCGCGGGGAUAGAGGAUGUGAGCGGCUCCAGCAGAACGAGUCAGCUGCUGGCUGAGGUCAAGUUUCUGUUCCUCAACACAAAGUACCUGGUCCCUUUCCUCCUGAACCAGUGUGGCUCUUUGGUCUACUACUAUACACUCUCCACCGCAGAGUUAUCUUUCGUUGUCCCUGUGGCCAACUCUCUCACAUUCCUUUGCACUCUGCUCACCGGCAAGUUACUGGGUGAAGAGUUUGGAGGCAAACAGGCUGUUGCCGGGAUGUUUCUCACCAUGGCUGGAAUCACUCUGUGUGUGAUAAGUUCCAUCGAGGACAAAGACACAGGGCAGCAGAAUAUAACCCAGUCUGUGCACUGACGGAGAUCGGAAUUGGAGCAAAUUCUUGCGUAACUUCAAAUGUUUCCUCGGCAGGAAGUAAAGAAGGUGUUAGACGCUAGAGCAGGACUGAAGGGGCCAAUUUAGAUUCAGAAAACGUCUCCUCGGAGCAACAGUUGUGCUGAAUUGUGCCUAAAUGAACUCAGCGUGAGCUUCAGGAGACCUGGUCAGAGCCUCUCACGGAGUUGGAAGGGGAAGUGAGUUCAUGUGGAGUUCACCCCGGAGCUAGGUUAGAUUUAUGGUGCUCACAUAGAGAUCGGUGGUUGGUGGUUGUUAACUUUUACUCGUAGGCACCCUGCUGCCCCGCCAUGGGACUGGCAUCUGCAUAAAAAUAGAGAACAAAUUCAAAUAAAGCUGGUGUUUAAAAUGGACCAAAGAGAUGUCACCUCCUGGUCUAACUGGGACAUUAACUGCUUAGCAGGAGGAUAAUGCAGUUUUGUACUGUGUAUAUAUGAUUUAAUACUGAGGUAGAGGUACCACUGUUACUGUCUCAAGUCCUUUGUGAAGCAGUAAUAAAGCACAACUAAGUACUGUGA